AUGGACGACGGUGAAGUAUUCGUUGAGGAUUCUGUUAGACAGCAAGUUUUCACCAAACUAGGCAGCAGAUUGGAGAACCGUGUUUGUUUUGACUGUGGUAAUAAGAACCCUACUUGGACAUCCGUGCCAUUUGGUGUUCUUCUAUGUAUCCAAUGUUCUGCUGUUCACAGAAAUCUUGGUGUACACAUUACCUUUGUGAAGAGUUCUACCCUAGAUAAAUGGACAGUGAAUAACUUGAGAAGAUUCAAAUAUGGUGGUAACCACAAGGCUAAGGAAUAUUUCAUGAAGAAUAAUGGAAAACAAUACUUGAAUAGCUCUAAUGUGAAUGCACAAGCAAAAUACACGAGUUUAGUGGCUAAAAAGUACAAAGCGCAUCUUGAUUCCAAGGUGGAAAAGGAUAUGCAACAAUACCCAGGUGAAUUAGUGUUGACUGAAAUGGACAAUCAAGGUGAUGAGACAUCAAGUGACUCUAACAGUGUUGCCUCCACUCCAAAGGAAGGUAGUGUCGAUGACUUCUUUUCCAACUGGGAGAAACCAAAGGUUGACAACGGUUCUGUAACCCCAACCCUAUCUCCAAGACCUACUGGAGGCUUAAACGCAAAUUCUAGCAAUAAUAACUCCAGCACAAGUUUGGGAAGAAAAACAGGCAGUUCAAUUUUGAACAGUAGAAGAAAGACUUCUACCCCUCAAGCAACUCAAGGUGCCAAGAAGCAUUCUAUCUUAUCAUCAUCCAGAAAACCAACUAGACUUGGUGCCAAGAAGGUAGAUAAGUCUAAGGCGGAAGAUCUUUUCGAUCAAUUCGAGAAAGAAGCAGAAGAAGAAAAAGAGCUUGAACUUCAUAAUUCUUCCACUACCUCUUCCUUCCCAAACAAAUACCAAGCGCCAAGUUUCGGUUCUACAGAAAAGGAUGAUGAAGACUCUUUCGCGAAGAAGGAAGACGUCUUUAAUGGUGAAGAAGAGUCCUUUGUGGACCCUGCCCCAGUUGAAGAUUUGAAGCCUAAAUUUGCUAAACUAGGUUUUGGUAUGACCAAUAAUGAAGCCAAUGAGCUUGCCCAACAACAUAAGGAAGCCAAGAGAGCAGCCUCAGGACCAAAAUACACAGGAUCUAUCGCUGCAAAAUAUGGUGGUCAGAAAGCUAUUUCCUCAGAUAUGAUGUUCGGACGUGGUACCUACGAUGAAGCUGCUUCUCGUGAAGCUCGUGAAAAACUUAAGACCUUCGAUAAUGCUACAUCUAUUUCUUCAUCAUCUUAUUUUGGUGAAGAACAAAGCGAAGAAGAUCUAUUAGAGGGUGGUAAUGGGGCUUAUAAUCCUCAAAGAAAUUAUGGAGGAGCUGCAGGUUCAAAUGGUGCUUUUAUUGACUUCAAUUCCAGUACAGAUGAUGAACUACAGAUGCUAAAGGAUAUGGUUGAGACAGGUGCCGAAAAGCUAGGUAAUUAUUUAAGAGAUUAUCUAAGGAAAUGA